AUGUUGAUGCAGCAGAACAGAUCUGACACCUCUGACGCCUCCAUGCAGGCCCGACUGGAUGCCCUGGACGAUGAAUGUCGGCACAACAACCUCCAAAUCAGAGGCAUAGCAGAACCAGUCACCACUGCCAAAUUGCCACAUUUCCUCCGACUUCUCUUCUCAGCUCUCUUGCCUCCCAGGCAGGCUAAGAACACACUGGUCUGCCAAUGUCCUGCUCUGCCUUCAGUCAUUCAGGGACACAUUAGAGGUUGUAAAGACGACUAA